AUGAAAACUUCUCAAAAACAUAGUCAAUGCGGUUCGACACUAGUACAAACCAUUAAUGCUCCAUUACCUCUUGUAUGGUCAAUCCUACGUCGUUUCGAUAACCCUCAAGCCUACAAACAAUUCGUGAAAACAUGCAAUCUAAGCUCCGGCGAUGGAGGAGAAGGCUCCGUACGUGACGUGACGGUUGUUUCCGGUCUUCCGGCGGUUCACAGCAUUGAGAGGUUAGAUGAGCUCGACGAUGAGUCUCAUGUUAUGGUGAUUAGCAUCAUUGGCGGUGACCACCGUCUCGUUAAUUACCGGUCGAAAACGACGGCGCUUGUAUCGGCGGAGGAAGAGGAGAAGACGGUGGUGGUGGAGAGUUAUGUGGUGGAUGUGCCGGAGGGAAAUAGUGAGGAGGAAACGACGUUGUUUGCUAAUACCAUCGUUGGGUUUAAUCUCAAGUCAUUGGCUAAGCUCUCGGAGAAGAUGGUACAUAAGUUUUAA